AGACACGCUCCGCAUUGCAACGCGUAUCUGAAGAGGUCUAAGCUGGAUGCUUGCUACCUGCCUCUCACCUUUUGUUCUUCACCUUUAUUCUGUACCCGGACCUUGAUAAAAAGCCUUCGUUUGUUGUUUGACCUCCGCACCAUAAGCAUUAUACCGGACAUAUUUUCUUCGUUGCAUUCGACGUCAACCUUGCCUACCUAUCUACCUCUCCAACACUUAUCACCACCUCCAUCGAAGAAAAGCAGAUCGACUGACACGCUCUACGAGCUUGACCAAACUCUUCCGCCUCCUUCGGUUCUCACACGCGAUGAUUGUUGCCUUAUAACAAUUCGACGAUCCGCGUGUUGACAGGCGUUCAGCUUUCUGAACAGCACGCGUCUUCAACAAUCCGAAAAAAAUGGCGACGUCUCCCAACGAGGGCGUUUCGGUUAGGACAGUCAGACUCAAGGUGCUGUACACGUUCGAUGUUGAACAGAAAGAUAACCACCUUGCAAGAUGGCCCCAUCCAUUGGAUGUUCAGACUGCGUUCGUGGACGAGGCCAACCAAAUCGGCGUCAUAGACUUACGAACUUGCCUCGAAGCUAUCACGACAGCCAGCCCAGAAAUGACAGCUAACCCCGAUAAUGAUUACACCGUCUAUGCCUACGACUACUCAGAACCGGACACACCUCUGGUAGGCCAGGGUAUGCUCUCAAAAACAAUGUCAGAUCAGGAACAGGGCGCAGGAAGCGAAGGCGAAGCUAUGGUGACAGGGAGAAUCACAAAGAAUGUUAUGGGCUUGUUCUCGAGAAAUGCCCAAGAGACUCUCGAAGUCAAAUUGAGACUCAGGCCGGUCAACACUUAUUUCCAGCGAAACCGAUCAGGCAGUAUCAGCUCUCAAGACGGUAUUCGUCCCUGGGGGGCAGGGGCUGGCGGACAGUAUACUCGCUCAGGUUCACCGGUCGAUACGACUGGCCUCGAAAAUAUGCAGCGGAUGCUCAACGGAGAGAACUUACCGAUUCCAGGUCAGCUUAGUAGGCCAGGCACACCAACUGGAACCCAAGCAUUCAGUGCCUCGUCACGUCAGGCCCCAACCCAAUCCAGACCUAGUUCGAGAGCUGGCAUGCGGCAGGUGUCGCAUUCAAGACGCGAUUCUUUUAACUCGGGCUACUACAGUGGUGAAGAGAAUAUGGAGGAAGGUCCGGCUCGAAAGAGAGCCAAGAUAACAAAGGUAGAUUGGCCUUCCAAGUCUAACCUCAACAUCGAACGUCAACCAGAUUCUCUACGUGUUGCAGCUAGCACCGCCUCUAGCGUACGACUGCAUCGACCUGUUCCAAUAAAUCCUGGUGUAUCUCAGGUUGCUGCGGCUGCAGAAGAUCCUGUCAGACCGCCCACUCCCAUUCCAGUCAACAAGUCGGGCAAGCCGCGUGGUCGGGUUGGACGACCACGAAAGAACGCUCCAAGCAAUCUUGCGCAAGGUACACAGGUCCGAGAAUCAUCUCCAGCCCUUGAAUCUACCUCGCACUCGGAGCUUCUAAAUAUCCCUAUGACCUCACCCGAAGAAACGCGAGGUCGAAGCGUUUCGAGUACGCCUGCGAAUAUCCCCUCUUCCCCUCCUGUGAUGCCGGAACAGCCAGCGAUUACGAGUCCUGCUCUUCCGCCUUUGGCCGGCCAUGACUCCGGCUUCAUGAGUGGCAACCUUGAUGAUUUGUUUGGCGAUGACCAACUCCUUCACUUUGAAGACUUUAUCAUGGAAAAACCCGAAGAGACAGAUGGUGGUGAAAGUGCUGUACAAUUGCAACCUGCUGAUGGCUCCGAGUAUCCAACUGUCUUCGACGAUGAUUAUGAUUUUGGCGAGAUGGCUACCGAAGCUCCAAAAACUGAAAUGGUGCCUCCUCCCCUACCUCAACAAGCGGCUCCGCGGUCUUUGGCCAGAGCACAGUCCUAUACCGCUGCCUCUCGAGCGAGCAUGUCUUCUCCAAGAUUAGCGCCAGCACCGGUCCCCAGGGCACGCCAGAUUAUGGAAGAAAGACGGGAGCAACAACGACUCAAGCCGAUCGCCCCUGCGUUGGUCCCUAAAAGUGAUCCUGCACCGAGAAAUAUUCAACGAGCACAAACAUGGGCUCCAGAUAGCGACGCCAUCAUGUCAGACGCAUUUGGUAUGGACGAAUCCAAGACAAAGGCUGCAACCAAGAAGAAAGUAGGAUUGGAACAGACCAAGGCUAGGCUCGAAAAUGCUAUUGCGAAAGGAGAGAUGCCGCCAUUUUGUGACAAUUGUGGCUCCAUCGAGACCCCGGCAUGGCGUCGAGCAUACGUGAAAGUCUUUGACAGUGGUUGGGACCAGAUCGAGACAUCCUUGGCAACAGGAGAAUGUUGUUACAAGGAAAUUCUGGAAACGAAUGCAGAUGGCUCAGUCAAAACUUUCAGAGGAUACAAGGUUGAGAAGAGAGCUGGAGACGAGGAAGAUAAAUGGACAGCUAUCAUACUUUGCAACCCUUGUGGCUUGUGGUUUCAUAAACAGAGAUGCCCACGGCCUCGUGAGAAGUGGCAAAAGAAGGAUCCGAAGGAAAAGGGCAAGCGAAAGAGGAACAAUACUGCAAAAGAUCCGAAGAAGGGCAAUGCAAACGCAAACCUUAAAAGUGAUGCCCAGACACCUGCUAGCGACGAUUCUUCACCCGACACCGCCACCGAAGCACCUGACGCCGAGGAAAAUGACAACGAAAUGUCCAACAAUGACCUACCAAUUGACGACGAGAAUGAACCUCAGUUGCCUUCGAUGCCACGCACAUUCAGGGCUAGUAGUGCCGGCCCUGGACCCAGAGGACUGCAGGCUCGUCAACACCGUCGAUCAACCGGACGUCAGGUACAAUCAAGCCCUGGCCAUCGCAACGGCUCUGAGGGACUUCCCAUUGAGAUCGACCUGACGCCGAAACCUAUCCGACGACAACUCUUUCCGUCCCCAGACAAACCACAAGUGCGAUCAGAUCCAAGUCAAUUCACCGCUGCAGCGAAGCAUGUGACGCACCUUCCCGCCUUUGUUCGACGUAGCCCUCGACUUAACAAGACGAGAGAUGUGUUUGCCACGCAUUCAGGUUCUGUAGCAAUUACUGUCGAUGGCAAGGAGAAUGCAGAACCGGCAGCUGCUGUCGUUGACGAUGGCCUCGCAGAUUUGUUUGAUGAAGGAUCGACGGAGGUAGAGUUGCCCCCUCCAAUGACACCACAAAGACGAUCGGAAAGACUGCUCCUCAAGACACCUUCCAAAACUCCACAACGACAAUUCGGCGCUGAAAUGUCUCCCAAUGCCGACCUGUUACCGAACUUCCGCACGCCGAGAUCAAAGCAAAGACAUCAUCCCGCUACAGCCACUCUCACCAUCUCAAAAAGUGUGCUUGAGAUGACCCCGUUUACACGUUCGAUUCAUGAUGCGAUACUCAGCGAUGCUCCCUUCAUCACAAACGUGCCUGGCGAAGGGAAGAUAUCCGACAUUGCUGAGACGAAGAAGAGCCCGCCAAAGAAGGCCAUUUCUUUCGAUUUUCCUGACUUGCCUUCUCUGAAGAAUUCAUCCCCGAUGUCAGCCGAGCAACUGCUCAACUUCAACUUCUCAGAGCUGACGACUGAUCGUUUGGACAGCGAUUUCGCAGAUCCAUUUGCAACGACGGGAAUGAUGCCUAGUUCGCCACCCGCAGGUCUCUUUGACUUUCCCAAUGCUGAUCAUUGCUUGGAUGAUAUGUGGUACAGCAUGGUUGAUUCUAAUGCAGGACAGUCCUAUCCUGAUUCUUCUGCGCUAGCCCUGGCUACACCAGGUCAGAGUUUGAGGAGGAGCCCUCGAAGCCAGAAGGUGAAAUAAGUGCUCCCACGAAUGAAACUUAUCAAGAUUUAUGAACCCACGUUUUUUGGGUGGGCUUUGUGUCAUAGAGGAUGGCAUUGUUUUGCAGCUUCAUUCUUUUGAGCGAUACAGGUUUUAUGUAUAGUACCAGACGGCUAAUGACGUGUAUGAAAUCAAAAGCGAAAGAGUCUGCUGGACAUGAUUAUGCAGAGCGAGGCCAUUAUCAAAG